AUGGAGUCUCGCGAUGAGCGAACUCUUUCGCUGCUCCAUUUGAGGAAGACGUUCUCCGAAUAUCUGAAAAUUCCAGUUUCUGGCAGUAGGAGUAAUGAUCCUUCUAGAUUGUUACCUCUUUUUCAUAAGGUGAUGUCAAUGUACACACCUCAACAACUCGCUGCCGAAUUCAAAGAAGUCGUUCAUUUUGCCACAUUUUUGUGCAGUGUCCUAGUGAAAGAAGUCAGACAAAGAGCAGCAAGUACUGGAACAAUCGAAGCAGCUCAGAGUAUAGCAGAGUUCCUUCGUCCUGGAACGGAAUUGAAGGGAUUCUCGAUUCUAGAUGCUAUUCGAUUCUUAUUGUCAUCAGAAGAUGAGAUAAUGAUUGAUGCGGCAUGUAAAGUAUCACUUCCAUCAACACUUGUCAAAACAAUAUAUCUUUUUUUCGACCUUCCAGCAGCGGCUACUUUGACUCCAGAGAAUACUGAAAAUAGUUCAGAAGCAGAAGAAGAAAUGAGAAGAAAUAAUGAAAAAUUACAUGAGAUGAUUUCACAAAUUAUGGAAGGAUUAUGCAGAUUCAAAUGUGUGAGUGAAGAAUUAGUUCGAAAAGAUGAUUUACUGUUACUAUUCGUUGGAACAACAUCUCAAGUAGCUGAAACUAAUAAUUGUUGGAGAAAACUCUGUGCAAGACUUCUAGAAGUGAUAGCUGAUAAGUCCAUCACAAAUGCAGUUAUCAAGUAUGUAAUCGUCAAAAAAUGUGUCCGGAUAUUUGUGAAAAAUCUGUCAUCAGCUCCAACAAAUUCUCAUUCUGAUGCUCAAAAAACUGCAGAGUCAAUUAUUUGUUUAUCGUGUUUUCUGAAGAAUUCUGCUUAUUUGACCGACCAACUGCUUGAUGAGUUCUAUGAGGCUGAUGGAUAUACAGUAAUCAAGGAUUUUCUAUUACGAAAUGAAGCAGAUAAUGAAAUAGUUAGAAACAUUCUACUUAUGGCGAUUUCAUUAGUGAAUAGUGGAAAAUUUGAAAUAACUCCACAGUACUCAUCUGGUCUCGUACAACUUCCCUCAUUUCAACUUCCGAUUCCAGCUGGAAACGGACUGAGUGUUCGGAAUCUAAACGCAUUUGCACUUCUUUAUCAUGUUUUUCUAGAGAGUACUUCUGAGUCAACAUCAUGUACAGUAAUUGACAUUCUUCAUUCAAUAUACACAUGCGAUCCAGCCAAUUAUUUCAUUUUGGAUCGAGAAUAUCCUCUAUCGAUAUUCAUUGAUCAACUAGAGAGAAAGCCACAUGCAGUGAGAGUGAAACUACUCGAACUCAUCGAAUUCGCAGUCUUCCAAUUGAGUCAUAUUCCAUGCCGAGAGUUAAUUAGUCUUUGUGUUCUCCUGAAAACAGAGAUCUCGGCUGGAAAAACCGCAAUGUGUACGAUAAUUGUUCAGAUGUGUUUCAAGUUGAUUACGGUAGAUGCCAUUAUAAAAGAUGCAUUCCGUGAAGUUGGACUGCUUGAUGCACUCUGUUACAUAAUUCGACGAAUGUAUGAAAUGUACGAGAAGAAUAUUCAAUCUGCAUCAUUCACUGCCACGUCAACAUGCUCACGAACUCAAGAUCAAUUGAAACUGUCACUUUUAACAACUGAUUUGUUGACGAUAAUCAUCAAAAACAAUACGGAGAACGGGAAACUGUUUACAGAAUGUUUUGGUGCAAAACUUCUUGUAGAGAUUGUUUGUGAAGUGAACGAAGAUUGGCGAAGUUCUCUUCUUCAACUCGUCAAACAACUUUUGAUUGUGGCUCCAACCGAUCAAUACAUUGUACAUUUAGUUAACACUCUCCAAGAUCGGAUACCAAUUGAAAACUUGGAAGUUAUGUUCAGUCUUCUCAAGGCAUUACUUGGAGUCGUUCGAGAAUCACAUAAAGUUAGAAUACAAUUCCGAAAAUCGGGUGGAUUCUUAGCUCUUUCUGCUCUUUUGCUCGGUCUAGAAAAACGUUUUUCUGAUGUUCAACCGACAGAUGAUGGGAGAAUACCAAGAGAACAAUGUCAAAUGCUUGAAUUCGUUCACAUUAUUUUCAAAGUUUUCACUUUGAGUAUGAGAUUCGAACCUUCAAAUGCCAAGUAUUUCGCGACAGAGAUCACAUGGGACAGUAUUACAUCUCUUCUCCGUUUGACUUCCAUUUUCAACGAAUCCACGAUUAUUUCAAUUGAAGAAUCUGAGUGGAAGGCGUUGACUCAUACAGAAAUUGCUUCUGAAAUCUCUGCUUGUCACGAAGUAUUCCGAUUAGAUGACAACAUUGAAGCUGGAAAUGUACCGAAGGGAAUGCCAUUUAAUAUCUACUUUGGAUGUUAUGUCUGCCGAUUAAUUUUCAAUAUGGCACUGGAUAAUUAUGAGAAAAUGACGACGGAUAUCAAAUGGAAUGAGGACGGAGCAUCACUCGAGGAGUCAAUUGUAUCAUGGACAUCUUCACUUCUUGUCCAUCCAGGAGCAAUUAUUUCAAUGUUAUGUCUUCUCCCAUCGAUUUCGUCUUCUUCUUCAACAUUAUCAUCCACGCAAUCUGGAGGAAUGAAGUGGACAGUUGCUGCACAAUACUACGUGUCACUUCUUCUGAAAGCAAUUUUAAAAUCAGAGAGAAAUCAGCAGAUAAUGUGUCAGGUUGAUAUGCCAAAACAUCUUCUUCGUAUUGCUGGAAAACUAUUUCUCACCGAGAAUCAUGUUCUCCUCCAAUCGUUUUAUUAUCUUCUCGAGAGACUCAGUUAUCAAUCACUUACUCCAAAUCAGUUGAGAAGUUUCCUCCGUUUGGACAGCCCGUUGUGUUGUAGAAGUUUAGAUGACGACGACGACGAUGAAAAUGGAAAUGAAGUGGCGAAUAACGAAGGGGGGCCUGUUCCACUUCAGAGAGUGAAAGCACUUGUCUCAAUGAUGACUCCGAGAGAUCAAUACGUUGGAACUGCUCCAAGUUUUGUGGAAUUUGAUAUGUCUGUUGAAGGAUUUGCUGCUCUUUAUCUUCCAUCGUUGGCUCCAAUGUUCUCAACAACUAAAACAGAACGAAUAUUUCCUCCACUGAACGGUUUCUCAUUUUGUACUUGGAUAUACUUGGAUUCUCUCUCCGAUAAGAAAGCAGACGCCCAUCCGAUUCGCCUUCUCACAAUAACCAGAGCUGUUGGCCCAGCCAAUUCAGACAUUUCGGCUAAAAAGUCUUCACAACCUGCUCAUUUGGCGUGUUUCCAAUGUCAACUGUCAGCUUUUGAUCGAAGUUUACUGAUUUCCACAGAAGAAAGUGAUCAGCCGGGAGCUGAUUUGGAAAAGAUCGCUAACUUUCAGACUGAUAAGUUGAUUCGAAUCACGUUGGCUGAUCAAGUUCGAUGUGGUGAAUGGUUUCAUUUGGCAGUUGUAUUCAAUCGAUCUGUUCUCAAGUCUUCACAGGUAUCGGUAUAUCUCAACGGACGACAUAUUUCAACUCAAAAGUUGAUGUAUGUUGCCCAGAACGCUGGUGCAGCAGCUACGCAACUCGCACAAACUUAUUCAGUGAAUGCUGCUGUUGGAACAUUGCCAGCACUGAGAAGACCUAGUCGAUUACGAUUCCGUCUUGCUUCAAUUUUCCUAGCCGAAGAGCCCAUGACUGCUGAAACGGUACGAUCUGUAGUUCAACUUCAACCUCAUUACAUUGGAAACUUUCAAACUGCAAGUGCUGAGAGAACACCGCUAUUUCACGAGGAGAAGAUUGUGUUCUCACUCUCAGCGGCAGCAACACAAGAACUAACACUUGCAAAGAUUCGAACAAUGUACGGUAAAAUGGAUGCAGAGAUUUUAUCUCAACAUCUUGGAAUCUCUCCAAAUGAUCACAGUACACCUCUCCGUGUUCUAUGUAAUACAAUUUCUCAUGCUCCUGGAGCUGGCCGAACAUUUGGUGGAGUAGUAGUGGGAUAUCUGGGAAUGAGAACAUUCACUCCACGACCUGUCCCAUCACUUCUAGAUUCAAUUGGAGGAUUUGCAAGUGUUUAUGGACUCAUCGCUAUGGCUGUCGAUUCAGAAGGUGUCUAUGCUUCUCUGAAGUCUCUCGUCUCUGCUAUUCGAUCACAACCUCGAUUGCUUGCCACGUGGAAUAACAACAGAGCAUAUCAAAUUCUUGCGGUUUUACUGGAAGACAAGGCAAAUAUGUUGAACUCUCAUAUCAUGCAUAUGGUAUUCAAUGUCACUGGGACUGCUGACACAUCAAGAGAACAUUCCCCAACAAUUUCCAAUCCAUCUGCCUUUGAAGAUUUGUUGUGUGAUUUGAAAGUAUGGAAAGGAGCGCCAAGUGAAUUGCAUAAAAUGUUAUUGGAACAUUUCUAUGAGCUUAUAACAGACCAUCAGCUCAAUAAUCUUCAAGUUGUUCGACGAUCAUCUCUCCUUUCUCGUCUUCUUCUUCUGAUUCAUGAUGAGUCUUCGAUGAUUCGAAAUACGGAUGAAAUCAUUUUCAAUCUGAUAUCUGCAAUCAUUCAACCACAAUGUGACAGUCGAAGUAUUCUGAAAAUUGGUCAAUGUAUUGCAGCAACACUUCCAACCAGUGAAGCAGAAUGCUAUGAAGAUUCUCAUCUGCCAUUCCACAUCUCUGAAAUUCAGAAAAUGUUCCUUGAGUCAACAGAAGAAAACUGCUCGGAAGCUCUCCAUCAUGUCUAUAUUAGAAACCGUCUUCUGAAUAUCAUAGCCAAUUUUCUAUCGAACUCAAAUGCACAAAUUCAACAACAAAUGUGUGAGCAACUUGUUCGAACUCUUGGUUUCGAUUGGCUAUUCGCUCUCAUGUCACCCGGAGUUCACUCGGGAACCAUCUAUUUGGCUCUCCGGAUUCUUCUUCUCAUUCUGAAUCAACCAUCUCUACUUGCUCGUUUCAAAGAGGGAUCUGCCAAUGGUGGAUGGCUGUCUGAAGCUGAUUCAGUUGUCAGAAAUCGAGCUGCAGUUGUCUUGGGAUUCUCGGUGUCUGCUCACGGCGGAGCUGUUGGUUCGAAGAUCGACAUCAAUCCGGAAUUAUCGAAUUGUGGAGGAUUUGCUGCGUUGGAACAUUUGAUGGCUGCUCAUGCCGAUAAACCAUAUCCAUAUUAUGCCAUGCUUUCGGUUCUUGUCGGACAACCUGUACCAGCUUUGAGAUUCUGUGAUCAAUUCAAUAUGGAACUUGUAUGGACUCACGUAUUUGGUCUAAGCUCAACAUCUUCCGUAUUUGAAGCAAUUAACUCUGCCAAUUUCUGUUUUGAUGCUCUGAUUCCAUUGCUCGCAAUGAUCCGUAGUUCUAUAUACAAUCAAUCGACAAUCCAUCAGCAAUGGACUAUCACAAAUCCAUCGACAGUCAUCCAAAUGAUCACUUUCAUGUAUCAAAAUUCUCCGGCAUUCUUCAAUGUUGCACAUACAGAUGAAUUCAUUCUUGCCUUGUUUUCCACUCUAAUUGAAGACACAAAUGCGAUGGGAGUGAAAUCAGAAGUUGCGAAUCGAAGAAGUCAAGAUGGAACACCAGAUGCAGAAUAUUUCCAAGCUUUCCUUGCUCAGCCGAAUGUUCGAAUUGUAAUGGAUCUUCUGAAAAAGAUUUGUAGUGACAAUUUGCAAGUGAACACGUCGAAAAACGAUACGAUUAUUGAUGUGAUUCUAGAUAAUAUAUCUGAAAGUGGAAUCACUCGAAAGACCCAAGUGGCUUGUCUGACAGCUCUUCUUCAUUCUGUAUUGGAACAUACAGUCAGCACAGAUCUACUUGCUUCAUCCGCUCUUCCUCCUAACACUCAAUCCCAAAAUCUCGUUCAAAUUGUAUCGAAUAUCUCUGUGAUGUCUUCUCGAGCUGUCGAUGCAUUCUGGAAUGGAUUAGUGUUUGGAAAUGAGUCAAUGCGAAUGCUCUCAACACUCUAUCAUCUUCAAGUGAUUGCAAGCAAGAAAGUGAACAAAGCUGUCAAUCCAGAACCAAUAACUGGGUGUAUCAUGAGAAUGACAUUGUUCAUUUUGAGUCGCCCAAUCGAUUCGGUUCCUGUCCAGUUGUCAGUUUUGGAUGCUCUCAGCACAUUAGUCUCGAAGAGAUACCUGUUCUUGGCAUCCAAUGAAGCAUGGUUCUUCGCAUCAUUGACUCAUCUCAUCUUCAUGCUUUCCGUCACACCAGAUGUUCUCUUUCAAGACAAUUCAUCAGACCUGGACCGUACGAGUGCUCAAGUUGCAAUGUGUGCAUGCCGUGUCUGGUCUGAUGUGAUCUGCGCGAAGCAAGGAUUGAUUGAAGAGACAUUCAAGAAACAGUCAGUGGCUGAUAUCAAUGCUGCUCGUGCUCUUCUCUCACAUUCAGCUGGAGUUUAUUGGCAACAAUUUGUGGAUUCCCAAUUGAGAUCUAUUCAAACGGGAGGAGUUGCAUCACAUAAUUCAGCGGUUACUGCGAAAGAUAUAAUCCAACAACAAAUUAGUUCGAAAUUGAAUCGGGUUGCAUCUGGAAUAACUCGAUUUGCUGCGAAGAGAUCAAUGAGUACAACUACAGCUCUGCCAUCGUCUGGGCCAGGAUCAGUGGCUGCUUGGAAGAAUACAUCUUCAGAUAAACAAGUGAUUUUCAUGUGGCUACGAGUGCAUGUCAGCUUGAUAAAAGAACUCGUGAGAGCACAGAGUACUAGAUAUACUGAAUGGCAUGCACACGUUCGUAAAUGGUGUCUCCAUGACUGGCAUCAAUGGGAAGCUGAACUGACGAGAGAACGAGGAAUUUGGGGACCAGAACGAGCUUCGAAACUAGAGAAGUUCAAACUAGAUCUGACGGAAGGACCAACGACUAGAAUGCGAAGGAAACUGAUUCCAAAUCGAAGUUUCUAUCAUGUUUACCCAUUCCGUCCUCAUCUGGAAGCCCCAUCAGCCAAAGCUCAGAGAGCAAAAGUUGCGAUUUCUCUUGAUUCGAAAUUGUAUUAUGAGGCAUGUCUGAUACAUCGAAGACGUACACUUGACACUCGAAUAAUUGAUUCAUCAUCUGUUUCCGUCACGUCCCCGGACGAUGGCUCCGGAUCCUCCUCGAAUUUGUUGGGCUAUUCAUUCACUGAUUUGUCACAAAUCAAUUCCUCUCUCAUCAGAAGACUAUCUACUACUGCUCCAACAGUAAGUGCUCAAAGUGUAUCUGGAACAAGUCUGGAAUUGAAUGAAGAGGAGUGUGAAACAUCGGAAAGAAAAGAUGAUGAUGACUCCACAUCAUCGAUUUCUGAAAAGAUUCCUUCGGAAGCGAAUGGUGUUUCAGUACAAUCAACAAGUCAAUCUGCCCCAUCUGCAUCUAAUAACAACAGUUCUGGAACAUCUGCGAAAAAAGAAGAAAGAAAAGAAGAGAAGAAGGCGGGACCAGAUAAUCAAACACUUUUGAGACUACUCGAACAAGGAGAACAACUUCAUUCAAUGUUUAGAUGUGCACGAAUUCAAGGAUUGGAAACAGCCGAAGGAUUACUUCUUUUUGGAAGAGAUCAUUUUUAUGUUGUUGAUGGAUUCACACUUCUCAAGACGAAAGAAAUUCGAGAUUUAGAUUUUUUGAGUCAAGAAAUGCACGAUCCAAUAGUUCCGUAUCCAGCAACCGGGGCUACUCAACCACCAAAGUCCUCGAGACUUUGUUCCAAAUUCAGUUAUAAUAUGAUACGAGAAGUUCACAAGAGAAGAUAUCUCCUUCAACCAAUUGCAUUGGAAGUAUUCAGUUCGGACGGAAGAAAUUAUCUAUUGGCAUUUCCAAAGAAGAUUCGGGAUAGGGUUUUCGAUAAAUUGACAUCUAUGGCUAUCAAUCUGUCUUCUGGUGGAUCCGACUCGUUAGGAGGACAAAAAUCAAAUGUAGCAAUCGAAACGACUGGACGGGGAGCAUCUCUUCUAUCAUCUCUGAUUGGUCAACAAUCUGUUACUCAACGAUGGUUGAAUGGAAAUAUCUCUAACUUCCAAUACUUGAUGCACCUGAAUACAUUAGCUGGAAGAUGCUAUAAUGACUUGUCACAGUAUCCAAUCUUCCCAUGGGUUCUCGCAGAUUACACAAGUGCUCAACUAGAUUUCACGAAUAUUUCAACAUUCCGUGAUUUUUCGAAACCAAUGGGAGCUCAAUCGCCAGAUCGGUUGGAACAAUUUUUGAAAAGAUUCAGAGAAUGGGAUGAUCCAUCUGGAGAAACUCCACCAUAUAUGUACGGAACUCAUUACUCAUCUGCUAUGAUUGUUGUCUCCUAUUUGGUCCGUUUGGAACCUUUCACUCAACAAUUUCUUUCCUUGCAAGGAGGUCAUUUUGACUUGGCUGAUAGGAUGUUUCAUAGUGUUGGAGAUGCAUGGACAUCAGCAUCUCGCAACAAUAUGGCUGAUGUAAAAGAGCUGAUUCCUGAGUUUUUCACUCUUCCCGAGAUGUUCACCAACACGAAUCACUUUGAUUUGGGAGUGAAACAGAAUGGAAUUGCUGUGAAUGACGUCCUUCUUCCCGCGUGGUGUCACGGGGAUCCACGUGAAUUUGUACGUCUUCAUCGUCAGGCACUGGAAAGUGAUUAUGUGUCAUCUCAUCUUCAUGAAUGGAUUGAUCUGAUUUUCGGAUAUAAACAGAAUGGAGAAGAGGCAGUGAAGAAUAACAAUCUGUUCCAUCAUCUAUUCUAUGAAGGAUCAGUAGAUUUCGAACGCAUUGAUGAUCCAUUGACAAGGAAUGCCACAAUUGGAUUUGUAAAUAAUUUCGGUCAAAUUCCAACUCAACUUUUCAAGAAACCACAUCCGCAGAAGAAGGUCAAUAUAUUGGAAGGAUUCAGUAACACCCCAGGAGUCACAACAUCUCGAUUAUUCUAUCAUGCUAUUCAUAAUAUGACACCUCCACAAACGCCAUUCAAAGAAUUGAGGUCAGCAGUUGGAUCGAUUCAUCAAAAUGAUAAAAUUGGAGUUGUCGCAUUGGAGCAGAAUAAGGUUUUCCUCGGAACAAAUCGUUACAUAACUUGGGGUUUGCCGGAUCGAAGUGUUCGCAUGGGACAGAUUGACACUGAUAAAUCAGUUUGUGUUCAUGAAAUGUGUGAGGUUGAUGAAAUGACAUGCGCGGCAGCUGGAGAUGAGACUACUCUCUUCUGUGGAAACACAUCGGGAUGCAUUACAGUGUGGAAAGUGAACAACAAGCCACUGUCAAUGAAGAAAUUAUCAGUACUGAAUGGACAUUCUGAUGCAAUCACUUGCUUGGUCUCAAGUCAAUCUCAUGCAGUUCUUGUAUCUGCUUCUCGAGAUUUGACAGUUCUCGUUUGGCACUUAUCGGAAAUGUUCCUGAUCCGUCAGUUACCGAAGCAUCCACAUGCUGUUCUAGCAGUUGCAGUCAACGAAGCAACUGGGGAUAUUGCGACUGCAUGCUCAACUCUUCUUCAUGUUUGGACACUGAAUGGAGAAUUAUUGGCAGUUUUGAAUACUUGUGACGUGGCACCAGCUAUCGAUCCUCAACAGAUGAUUAUCUCGUUGUCAUUUUCCACGAUGAAUGAAUGGGACAAUGAUAACGUAAUCAUGUGUGGAACUUCUGAUGGAAUCGUCAAGAUUUAUUCAUGUGUUGUAUUCGAAAACGAUGGAAGUGUCAGUGAAAGACCAGCUUUGGAAAACGCCAAUCCAGUUUUCAAUAUGAAUUCGGAAACAUCGGAUCGAUCCACAGGAAGCGCACUGAUAGCUGCUCGACUAGAGAAACAGCGGAAAAAACUGAAGAACAGCUCAACUAAUGCAACGUCUUCAAGUGUUUCUGGUUCUGGAUCCGUUUCCGUGACAUCUUCAGGUCCAGCGAGCCCAUCUUCUGGAUCCAAAGCAACAAAAAGUGAGGAAGGUGGAUCCCAAUUCGUUCGAGUUCUUGUGCAGAGAACUGCUCUUACAAUGCAUACUGCAUUCAAUCGACCGGAUAAUGUACAUCCGGCUCCGAUAACUGCAAUUGCACCGAGUAGAGAUCAUCGAUCAUUGUAUGUUGGAGAUGGUAUUGGACGUGUUUGGUGUUGGCAAGGGGGUGAAGGAGGAGGAAGAGCCGAUCAUUGGGUUCAAGAUGUUAUGAGACAACGGUGUGAUGAUUGUGAACACAAAUUCACACUUGCUGAUCGAAAACAUCAUUGUAGAAAUUGUGGACAAAUAUUUUGUUCAACAUGUUCCCGGUUUGAGUCUCAUAUCACUCGAAUGAAUAUAUCUCGACCGGUUCGAGUAUGCCGCAAAUGCUUCCUGCGGUUACAACAAUCUUCAUAA